AUGCACCAAACGGCUUUAAAAUGUCCAUUUUUGUUUCUUGAGAAAAUCCAGUGCAGUAGCUUCUUGUGCCAUCCUCAUUACACCUUUGUCCAGGACACUGCAAAAAGCCCGGAGGCCAGAGCCAAGUCGGCCGUGCGCGUGCGGCUGGAGGACAGGUUCAACAGCAUCCCGGCGGAGCCGCCCCGCGCGCCGGAGCCCCCGGAGCCCGCGGCCGCCCUCAACAAUUUAGUAACGUUGAUCCGGCAGCCGUCGGAGCUGAUCCCUCUUCACCAGCACCAGAAUAAAUGCGCUCCCCUCGUGAAGAGCAAGCCCGCGGCGCUGCAGUUCCCGUACCCGCUGCUGGCCAUGAACGCGUGCCCGGCGCCCGCGGGCGCCGCCGCUGCCGCGCACCCGCAGACCUCUGGAACGUCCUGCACUAUUUUGGAAGCUGCCAAACAUCAAGACCUGGGGUUACCCAGAACGUUCUCUUUCUGUUAUCAUCAGGAAAUUGAAUCCACGAAGCAGGCAGUGGGUGCUAGGAAUAAGGCUUUGCCUGAGCAAGUUUGGAUCAAAGUUGGAGACGCCUUGUGCAAGCAGGCGCUGAGCAAGCGGAGCCGCAGCCGGCUGAGCCCCCCGGAGCCGGCGGAGCGCAAACCCCUGAGCGAGAUCCAGAACACGCGCGAGGGCGCGGGCGCCGCGGCGGCGCCGGGGCAUUGGACGGAUUUCGCUUUACCUCCAAGAAAAAGCAGCACGGGGGAUAAAGUGCGCAGAAUCCGGAUUUGCUGUGAUGAACUGAAUCUCCUGGUUCCGUUCUGUACUGCUGACACCGACAAGGCAACAACGUUACAGUGGACAACUGCUUUUCUGAAGUACAUUCAUGAAAGGCAUGGAGACUCUCUGAAAAAGGAAUUUGAGACUGUGUUCUGCGGUAAAACAGGCAGAAGACUAAAAAUAGCAAGAUCAGACUCAUUUGUAGCGUGUCCAGUGCAGGAAAACGCACCCGGCUUUGGGGACCAAGUCGUCUGA